AUGGCGUCCUUCCCGAACGUUUAUACUCACCGCAAGGUGGCCGAUACAGCCUCCAAAUCCUGCGAAAUCUGUUAUAAACCAAGCACAAGCGUUCUUGUUACUCCUGAAAGCAAAGUCAGUAUCAGUUAUUCGAUUGCCUCCGUCGGCACUGCUAAGUCAUUCCAGGAUUUCUUUUACGUCUGUCCAGGUCACCUAAAGGACAGAGGAUUCUGUUCCCCCAUAAUUGACGAGGCUGCCGUAGCUGCAAAGAAGAAGAAAGAAAUGGAGGCUGAGGUUCAACGAGUGAAGCAAGAGUUCGAGGAGAAACUGAAGAAAAAGAAGGAUAAGGAGAAAGAGAAGGAGAAGGAGAAGGAGAAGGAGAAAUCCAACGACAAGGAUAAGGAUAAGGAUAAAAAGGAUGACAAGGACGAGAAGCCGGAAGAGAAGGAGAAACCAGAUGAAGAUAUUACUGCACCAGAUGAGGAGCCAAGAAUCUUUGCCCUUAAAAAGUCUUUCUACCAGCAACGAAUCGACAAGAAGAGGAGUGCAGAGAUUGCAAAGCGCAACCGCGAACGACUGCAAAAUCCAAGUCUCUUCCCUCAAGUCCCAAAAGGCCUUCCUUGA